AUGGCCGUCUCACAAAGUGUGCAACGCCUUCAGAAGACGUUGGCUCAUCUACAACCAGUACCAAAUCGACUACGUUGGUCUCUCGUCGAAGGGCCGACCGAGCCAGAGCUCCUAGACCUCACCUUGGGAGACCUUUUGACAUUACAAGCGCUUCGAUACGGUGACUUUGAAUGCCUUGUCUUUCCAUGGACUGGCUCACGAUGGACAUACAAUGACUUGAAAGAGGAGGUUGAUCGUCUCGCGAGAGGCAUGAUGGCAAUGGAUAUUCGCCAAGGUGACCGAGUGGGCAUAAUGGCAGGAAACUGUGAACAGUACAUUGCGGUCUUCUUUGCGGCUGCCCGCGUGGGGGCCAUCUUGGUGGUGUUGAACAACACAUAUACGCCAUCGGAGCUUCGAUUUGCGUUAGAUCACACAGGCUGCCGUUUACUCUUCAUAACACCCCGAAUCGGGCGUCAUAAUCUCGAGGAAGUUUUAUCGGAUCUUGGCCAUAAGCCCAAGUCCAAUCACACGUCGAAUUGUGUCGAGGAAAUCAUUAUUCUUCGCGGUUGCUACCAAAAUUUUACAACUUAUGACACGGUCAUUCAACGAGGCCGAUCGCAGCCGCAACACAUUCUCCAAGAUCGAGAAGCUUUACUUCGGCCAGAAGAUGUGUGCAACUUGCAGUUCACCAGUGGCUCUACUGGGAAUCCAAAAGCAGCCAUGUUGACUCAUCACAACUUGGUGAAUAAUUCACGUUUUAUUGGCGACCGCAUGAAGUUAUCUUCCUUUGACAUCCUCUGCUGUCCACCUCCACUUUUCCAUUGCUUCGGGCUGGUCCUAGGUAUGCUUGCUGUGGUAACACACGGUGCCAAGAUCGUCUUCCCGAGUGAGACGUUUGACCCCCAGGCUGUCUUGCACGCUAUCUCAGACGAAAAGUGUACUGCUUUGCAUGGCGUUCCCACAAUGUUCGAAGCCAUCUUGAGUCUUCCCAAGCCCGCGGGUUUCGAUACCUCUAAUCUGCGGACGGGAAUCAUUGCUGGAGCUCCUGUUCCACGGCCUUUGAUGAAGCGACUAUUGGAAGAGUUGAAUAUGACCGAAUAUACGAGUAGCUACGGUUUAACCGAAGCUUCUCCUACCUGCUUCAAUGCAUUUACUACCGACAGCAUUCACACACGCAUGACGACGGUCGGGAAGAUUCUACCACAUGCGCGCGCCAAAAUCAUUGAUCGUGAGGGAAAUCUUGUGCCAAUCGGCCAGCGUGGCGAGCUCUGUAUCGCAGGCUAUCAGUUGACCAAAGGCUACUGGAAUAACCCCGAGAAGACCGCAGAGGCCCUAAUCACCGACAGUAGUGGCACGACUUGGCUGAAGACUGGAGAUGAGGCUUCAUUUGAUGAACAAGGUUACUGUACCAUCACGGGGCGAUUCAAAGACAUCAUCAUUCGUGGUGGAGAGAAUAUUUACCCCCUCGAAAUCGAAGAGCGUCUGGCAUCACAUCCACACGUGGCACUUGCCUCCGUCAUUGGCAUUCCUGACACCAAGUAUGGCGAAGUGGUGGGCGCAUUUCUUCAGCUUCAUCCAGGCAAAAGUCGGCCAAGCGACGACGAGCUUCGGGCGUGGACUCGAGAAACUCUAGGACGGCACAAAGCACCACAGCAUGUUUUUGUAUUUGGCCAGGCGGGGAUUCCCCACACGGUGCCGGUGACUGGGAGUGGAAAAGUUCGCAAGGUGGAACUGCGAGAAAUGGCCAUGGCAAUGCUUGGACGCGGCGGCCGCAGUGCCCAGUCAAUGUCCAUAUAA